AUGUCUAUCCUCACAAAUGGCCACAAGUCCGAGUCGGAGCGGAGAGCUCACACGCAAGAAAAGCAUCUUCCAGGCGGCUGGGUGGUGCUCAAGUUCGGUGGCACCAGUGUGGGCAAAUUCGCGGAGAACAUAGCGGACAUUGUCAAGGCUGGCAACCAGGACAGUCGUGCUGCUAUCGUGUGCUCUGCCCGCAGCAACAACACCAAGCUCGAGGGCACCACCAAUCGACUCCUCCGCUGUGCUCGCGCUGCUGAGAAACCUGGCCACCGCGGCUACGACGACAUUGUCGAGGCGAUCCGUACCGACCAUAUCCAGGCUGGGAGGGAUACGUUGAAGAGUCCAGACGUGCUUGCUGGCUUUGUCGAAGAUGUUAACAUGGAGUGCGAGAGCCUCACCAAGAUCUUGGAGUCGGCGCAGCACCUGGAAGAAGUGACGACCCGUGUUGAGGACAAGAUUAUUAGCAAGGGAGAAAAGUUGAGCUGUCGCUACAUGGCCGCCCUGCUCAACGACCGCGGCACCCCAGCGCAAUUCGUCGAUCUUUGCGACGUCAUCAAGUUCAAUGCGCCGACCAAGGGCCUGAACGAGAAGUUUUACAAAGAUCUGGCUGAGACGCUGGCUAAUGAGGUGCAAGCAUGUGGCGACAAGGUUCCUGUCAUUACUGGCUUCUUUGGCAACGUGCCCGGGGGCAUCUUGGAGUCCAUUGGGCGUGGAUACACGGAUCUUUGCGCUGCUCUGGUCGCGGUAGGAGUCAGGGCGAAGGAGCUUCAAGUCUGGAAAGAGGUGGAUGGCAUCUUUACCGCUGAUCCUCGCAAGGUGCCCACGGCCGCCUUACUGCCCAGCGUGACACCCUCCGAAGCGGCUGAGUUGACCUUCUACGGUUCUGAAGUCAUCCACCCCUUCACCAUGGAGCAAGUGAUUCGCGCCCGCAUCCCUAUUCGCAUCAAGAACGUCAUGAACCCACGAAACGCUGGAACUGUCAUCUUCCCCGAUAAUAUCAAAGAUAUCAACGGUCAUGCGCCCCUCAAAGAUGCGGGUCUUUUCCGCACCCGCUCCUCCAGCCUGCUCGCCAACGCUCAGCGUCCCAAGCGUCCCACGGCUGUGACCAUCAAGCACAACAUUGUUGUACUCAAUGUGCACAGCAACAAGCGCACUCGUGCUCACGGCUUCCUCAUGAAUAUUUUUAGCAUCUUGGAUCGCUGGCACCUCUCUGUGGACCUGAUUUCUUCCUCUGAGGUCCAUGUCUCCAUGGCUCUGCAUUCAGAGUCUGCGCUCUUGAGCGGUGGUGGCGAAGACGAGUACAAGAUUCAAGACCAGGAUCUCCAAGGCGCAGUCAAUGAUCUUGGACAGCUGGGUGCUAUUGACAUUGUGCCCGACAUGGCGAUUGUGAGCCUAGUAGGCAAGCAAUUGAAGAACAUGAUUGGCAUUUCUGGCAAGUUUUUUAGCGUGCUGGGCACCAACAACAUCAAUAUCGAGAUGAUCUCCCAAGGCGCAAGCGAGAUCAACAUCUCCUGCGUGAUUGAGGAGCGCGAAGCUGAUCGCGCUCUCAACGUUGUACAUACGAAUCUUUUCACAUUUCUGGAUUAG